UUAUUACUCAAUUUUGAAAUUCUGACAGAACAUCGAGAAAAAUGGCUUCAGCUUUAGUGAAGAAAAUAUUAAUAUCUAAUCCUAAUGGUGUUCGUAAGGCGGCUGAAAUAUUUCGUAACGCAACUAGAAACCAUUGGAACUAUCAGUACAAACCAGGCCCUUAUCCGAAAACCCCCGCAGAAAGAGCGGCGGCUGCAAAAAAGUAUGGGAUGACCAUAGAAGAAUACCAACCUUAUCCAGAACACAUGUGUUAUGGUGAUUAUCCUAAACUGCCUGAUAUUGGUGCAGAUUCUAAGGAUCCCUUCUAUCCUUAUGAUCACCCGGAGUUAAAGAGGAAUUUUAACGAACCGAUUCAUGCCAGUCAAGAGAUAUAUGGUGAAGACCGUUAUGACAUUAGCAUGAAGCCGAGGUUCUCACUUCUGCAUCAAUGGACAUGGUUCUUGGGUGUCAUUGGUGGGUCAUUCGCUUUGUACAUAUUCCUGGAAGAUUACAAAUUCGGAAGACCAGUCACCAUCAAGCAGUAUCCUAAAGAUGGACCUCAUUAUCUGUUCUGUCAAAAAUAGGAUUUGAAUUGUUUUGUUGAACCUUUAAAGCAUUAGAAAACAUUAAAUAGCAAUAAAAUAUUCAGAAAGUUA